AUGUCAAAUAAUAAAAUAGACUCAACAACCACAAUAACAACAUCUUCAACCUUUUCUGAUCUCACAACAACAACCACAAAAUCUUUUACAGCUCCAAUUAAAUUAAUGGCAAAAUUUCAUUUAUUACCUCAAAAUGAAUAUAUUACAAUUCCGGAAGAUUUAUUUAUUUAUUCUGGAUUUCUUCGGGAAUACAAAAAGGGAAUGCUUAAUGACAAAUUUUGUAGAAAUGUUGAGGAGAAUCUGAUCAUUCCGUUGCCUCCAAUUGCGGGAAAACCGGUUUAUAAGCAUUAUAUUGAGAAGCUUUGCGAGUUUUUUACUUUGAUUCUUGGGGUUGGGAUCCUCUGUCACUUUUGGAUUUUUGACUAUAUUUUCAUGGAUUUUUCACUAAAAAUUUGUUUCGGCACAUCCCUACUACAUAAAUACUUUUUUAUUUUCCUCCACUUUGGUAUUUUGACAGCUUUUUGGUAUUUUGGCUUUUGGUGUUACUUCGCGCUCCUCUUAUUUUGGGUUGGAGCAGGAUAUCUCGAACAAAAACCUAGGACGAUUUAUCCAAUUAUUUUAUUUUACAGGUAUACUAGGCACAAUUACGGCCCUGGUUCUAGUGCUAAACGCGUGCCUUCCUCUGUUGACAUCCGCAAUUUAAAUGGGCAGAAAAAUGGAAAUUCUGUUUCUAACAAUAAAAUGAACAAUAAAAUGAGAAAUCAGGACGAUAACAAUGCUGCUGGCCGUUCACCAGAAAAAUCUUCUAGUGGAACGUGGUCAAAAUUACCAGAUUGGGCCCAUGGCUGGUUCUCUGCGUUGGACAAAGACAUUCUUAUAAGCACUGCUAAUGUUGCUAGUUUUCUCACAGCGACACCUUUUGUGGAACACUUUGCUAAUUUUUUGGCUAUCAAGGUUAUUAUUGAGACAACUUUUUUAGAGGAUUCUUGGGGUUGGGAUUUUUUGUCAUUUUUGGAUUUUUCGAGUGAUUUCCAUAACACGCUUAAUGCUAAAAUGCCGAAAUACCAACCUUCCAAAAGCUGCUGA